UGACGUCACUGAUGUAAAAUAUAAGACUGUUUGCUGUCUGUGCCAUUAGAAGGCUAUUACAGACCCUGCCCCACUGUGACAUUAUAAGGUUAUUACAGGUCACAUGGACCCUGCUAUUAUAUAAUUUCCAACCUGUGGCUCAUUAGCUCUUGUAGGACUACAACUCCCAGCAUGUAAGAUCUCCGCACAGAAUGGAUCUCUUCGCGCUCCGGUCACCGGUUUCCAGCGGUGGCGACUGAUCGGCGUCCCGUGACUGAAGUCGGCGAUGUCUUCCUGUGUGGUCCGGGGGAGCGGCUCCCUCCUGCAGUCAUGGCGGGAUUUGCUGCGUCCUCACGUCAGAUUAUGUGCGUCCUCGCAUCCGACCCACGACGCCCUGUUAGACGUGUGUCGGCGCCGGCGCUUUUUCCUGGGGGAGGGGCUGAGUGCGGCCUCCGUUCUUCAGGGAGGUCUCAGCCUCGGUCCUCUGGGCGUCGAGAUGAAGAAGAACAUCAUAAACGAGUGGUGGAACAUGGUGGUGCUGAAUCGGGAGCAGGUCCUGCCCAUUGACACUGCCCUCCAGGGGGGGUCACCAACAUCACACCCUGACCGCAGAGACGUGGCGGGCACCUCCAGUGACGAGUGCCAGCACAGCACCCUGCGCCAGGACCUGCUGCAUGGUGCCUUGUUGCACUACGUCGCCUGCCUGGAGCUGCUGAACCGGAAGCUGCCGUUCGGUAUAGCAGAGGUGGGGAAGUGCUUUCGCCCUUGCCUGGGCCUACACGACAAUGGCGCCCUUCAUGCUCGGACUGGAGAAAGGACGGUGGCGUCGCUCUGCUGGUUCAGCUCUGCAAAAACGUUGUCUCAGUGGCGCGACUACUGGCUGCGGCACAGGCUGCAGUGGUGGCGCAGGUUUGCCCAGGUCCCGUCUGGAUUCAGCAGCAGCGACCACCAAGAUGGCGAGGGAGCGAAGAUGCUUCUUAUAAACUACAACUUUCCCUGGGGGAAGGAAGCGGUGGAGACGCUGCGCAUGAUGGAUGACUCCGCCCUCACACAGGUGCAUGCGGGGCCCGACGCCAAACUCCACGGUCGGGACAGCAGGCGGUCCAUCAUCCCGCACGUGGUGUGGCUGAGCAGCGAUCUGGACCUGGGUUUGCUGGCGUACCUGUCAGACGCGCUGUCCCCGCGGGGGAAGGAGCAGCGGUUGGCGGUGUUGAAGAUUCACCCGUCGUUGACACCCGUUAAAGUGGCGGUGGAUUUGGGGAAGGGCCCGGCGGUGGAUCUACGGCUGGUUUGUCAGGGGUUGUCGGCGGAGCUGCGGGGGAGUGGGAUCGCCGUCUGUCCCGGAUACUUGGACACGGUGCAGACGUCGAUGGAGCAGCUGUUCGUGAAGUACGAUGAGAUGGGCGUCAUGUUCACGGUGCUGGUGAGUGACAUCACGCUGGAAAGCGGCCUGCUACACCUGCGCAACCGCGACACCACCAUUAAAGAGACAGUACACAUCUCAAAACUGACAGCGUUCCUGACUCAGCAGGUGACCGCCGCCAGCAGACUGUGAGAA